AUGGGCGGCGGCAUUAUGGAUGGCGGUGAGGUCCGUCAACCAGCGCCGGGCGCGCUAGUGAGUCCAGGGAAAACUCGAGCCCCAUCAGCGGGUGAGGCAACCUUUACCACCUCCCUUUCAACCUCAACGCCGACACACCCUCAUCGCCUCCCCAUCCAAGAAUAUCGCGUUUUGCAUCGCGAUAUCUCUUCAGGAGCCUCCCCGAUACGCGACCACCAGCGGAUUCCGUCCCUUCCUCUCCUUUUUACGGCUUCGUUACGUCCGGGGACUCUAGGUCGCCGGCGCCCUCGUGGCAAGGGCUGCCAAAGGCCUCAGCCGGCCAGCUUUUCUUUCCACACCACCUUCGUUUCAUCGUCGCCGCGUGUGGAAUCGGCUUUUACGCUUUACACUUUCAUCUAG